AGGUGAUACGCUGGCCCAUAUGGGCUGGGACGCUCUUAUUCUCACCAUUGUUACUCACUGUCCUAUACAGGCAGCAAAACGGCACAGCUAGCUAAUGCUAAUGUAGAACCUCACCUCCUCGCUACAUACAGGUACUGGACAAAAUGGAUCCCAAUGAGGUGAAAGUGAUCAAAGAAGAAAGAAUGACUUCAGAUUAUGAAGAAGAAGAGAGUGGACUAGAGCGAACAAGUGCCCAUCUUGAAAAUACAAAUCCUAUCCGUAUAAAUGGCGCUGAAAUAGUCAGUAAAUUUAACCACGCCUUGGCCUCUAUCAUUACUACAACAACCAGACUAUCAACGGCAAACAGUUCUGAUGAAAAUCUAACAAUGGUGUCUGGUCUUCCUCAUCUCAUCCACAAAUCAGGACGUUUUGUGUCUUCGCUGUGGUUCCCUGAUUCGUCUGUACAAAGUCCAAUGUACCACCAUUCCUACCAGUGCGUCCCCAAUCCACCGCAGAACACAACACUCGUCCAUACAUCCACAAGCAACCUUCAAAAUCCUUCAGAAGACUACGACGAGUUUAAUGAGUGGGUUGAUGGUUCUUGCAAACUCCGCUACUCAACGUACAGUCGUGAAUCGCAGGCUCACAUCUCUGGCUGGGCCAUGAAGUACACUAAUAACCACAACAAGUAUGUGCUAAAGAAGACGUGUGUCGGUGUUUUGUUAUGUAGUGAGGACUGCACACUUCCUAAUGGUUUGAAAGUUGUGGUGCGACCAGCUAUUUCUGAUAAAGUCAGAGAAAGACAAAUCGGUCAAACGUGCCCAAAUGCAUCUUGUAAUGGUGUCCUCUCGCAUAGAAAGUGUACAGGUAACAAUGGAUAUCCUGUCACUCAUUUCUGGGUCCAUCAAGAAGACGGGAUAUAUUUUGAGUCCAAAGGAACGCAUGAUCAUUUCAGACCCCAAGCGCGCAGGGCCACACCCGAAAGGAACCAUAAUCGUGGUCGUACAGCAAGUCCUAAGCAAGAAGGACCAUCAGGUGGAACAGAGGACGGCGGCAAGGUACAAAUUCACGUUGAACACUUGGAAGUGACGAUCAGAGGCCCAUUUUUGAUGUUUGAAAUUUUUUAUAUUGAGUGGUCAUCAGAUAUGAAGGAAAUCACUUUACAAAGUAUGAGUGAUAUAGUAUUUCGAUGGAUAAAAUGUCAGAAAGAUUUAUGGCCAAAAKCAUUAGGUUAUCAAACUGAAUGUCCUGUCAUAGACCUCGCCCCAGUCCGAACAAAUCUCUUCGAUGAAAGACGUACGCGUUUACAUUAUCUGCGACAAGGAGAGAGAUUGGGCUCAGCUUUCCAUCGACCAAUCACAUAUAGAACAUUUUACAUGCCUAAGAUGCACUGGGUGUAAUAGAUAUAUUUUACGAAAAACAGAGCAGGAAAUUGUUUAGUUGUUACUCUCUCGCCCCAUGUAAGAGAAUCCAGAGAACUAGCGGAUUCCGGAUUCCAAGCGCUGGAUUCCGGAUUCCGAAACAUUGGAUUCCGGAUUCCAAAGAAUUUUUGUUUUGGAUUCUGUAUAAUAAAUGGCCUGAUUUUCAGGGGUUUUUUUUCCUGAAAAUUUUACAUUCAGCAUGUCAGUAGCCUGCGCAGGGGCGUCAGCGGGACGAUGUCCUAUGUGUUUUUUAGAUAUCAAAAUUUUUGCUGGAUUCCAGAUUAUGGAUUCCAAAUAUUUGGAUUCCGGAUUCCAGGAUACCCAUUCCGGAUUCCAAAGCUGUUUUUUUAGUGGAUUCCGGAUUCCGGAUUCUCUUACACGGGGCGAACUCUCUACCUCAUAAAACCAAUGUAGCCUCGAAACCUACUCAAAUAGUAAUCGUUCCUAUCAAAUUAUAAAACCACGCAGUGAUCRGCAAAAUAUUUCCAUGUCACAUUUGCUCAAGAUAUUUGGAUCAAGUUUAUCAAUGAAUCCUUGUUUUAAAAAGUUGUAAAAGACACUUAAAUUUAUAAGUUACAAUAAUUCAUUCAUUGUGUAAAUAAUUCAACAAGCAAUAAAGAAUAUGACAAAUA